UGCCUCAACCGAGUCAAAAAGAAAAUUUCCUUUGCCAACGUAACACUGCGCGGGUCGAGUGGUCUGCCAGUGGAAAAGUAUACAUAUUUGGGGAUCAGCGCAAUGGUGUCGAGCACAGACUGUCCCGUUUGUGGAGUGGCUGCCUCGCAGGCUUGCACCAGGUGCAAAAUGGUGCGCUACUGCGAUCGGGAGCACCAAAAGCAGCACUGGCCGCAGCACAAGCGCAGUUGCAGGCCCAUCAGCGAGCAGCAGGAUGCCCAACUGGGCAGGUAUCUAAUGGUAACCCAGGACAUUGCAGCCGGCCAGACGGUGUUCGUCGAGGAGCCACUGGUGGUUGGGCCCAAGUGGUAUCACUCCGACGCGGACAAGGAGGCGCCCAUAGUGGCGUGCGUGGGCUGCUGCACGCCCUGCCGUCUCGGCAAGCAUCAGUGUCGCAGAUGCCGCUGGCCAGUCUGCAGUUCGGGUUGUGAACACGAGGCCCUGGAGUGCAGUGUGCUUAGCCUGGGAUCGGGUGCAUCGGCACCUCGGACGGAUGCCCGCUCGUUGAACGACCACUUUAGGGGCGAUGCCCUGCUGGUGCUCAAGUGCCUGCUGCUGCAGCGACAGAGUCCGGCCAAGUGGACGGCACUGCUGGAGAUGCAGUCGCACGAGGAGGAUCGCAGGGGCACCGAGCUGCACGAUGAGGCGGAAAAGCGUGUCGUCAGCUACCUGCAGCAGCGUUUCCUGGGGCGGCUCAAGAAAACGAAGCCAAACUUACUGCCCGACUGCGGAGCGGAGCUACUGCAUCGCCUGUGCGGCAUCAUUGAGACCAACUUCAUGGUCAUUGAGCUGCCGACGGGAGUGGAGCUGAGCGGAUUGUUUCGGCAGGCCUGCAUGAUGGAGCACGCCUGCCAGCCCAAUUGUGACUUCCAGUUCGAUGCGAUAACUCAGCAAAUUGCUGUGCGAGCCGGCUGCGAUCUGCGGAAGGGCGACCACCUGCGGAUCAGCUACACCAACAUCCUCUGGGGCACUCAGCUGCGGCAGCACCAUCUGCGUCUGACGAAGCACUUUAGCUGCCGCUGCAGCCGCUGCCUGGAUCCCACGGAAUACGGGACCUAUGUCAGUGCACUGGCAUGUCUGGGCGAUGUCAACCAGACGUGCGGUGGCAUCCACCUGCCCGUGGAUCCGCUGGACGAGAACACGCAGUGGAAGUGCGACACUUGUCCCAUGCUCGUGGAUGGCGCCUACGUGGCCGAGUUGCAGACCCACAUGACCGAACAGGUGGACGGCUUGAUGGCCGGCUGUCCGUCCGCCAAUCAGAUUGAACUGCUCCUGGCCCGCCUGUCCCAGAUCCUGCACCCCAAUCACUUUCACACGUUCAACCUGAAGCACACCCUGAUCCAGCUGUACGGCAACGAAGCGGGCUUGGAAUUGGGCAGCCUAAGCAGCGAUCAACUGGAGCGGAAACUGCGCCUGUGCGAUGAGCUGUACAACGUCUGCCGGCGACUGGAUCCGUACAGCAUCAAGCUCGCCAUCUACGUGACGGUCAUUCUGAUCGAGAUGGCCCACGCACUGGAGGAGCAGGCGCGCAGGGCGCCCGGAGAGGAGGGAUCCGCUCAUCUGGAAUUGGCACAGGCUCGUCUCAAGGAAGCGGAGGUGAUCCUGCAAAGGGAACAAGACUCGGUGGCUGGCAAAAAGUUGAACGACAAGCUGCAGAACGAGAUUUUUGAGUGCGAAAAACAAAUGCUAACGCUGUCUUAUAACCAAAAACGUGACGUUGGUCAAAAAUAAUUUUUAUAUACUCAACAAUACAGAAUUUAAUCCUCUAAUUUAAAGUACCAGCAUAGCAUUAACGCACAAUCUUUUACCCCAUAAACAUAAAAUAUCCUCUCAGUUAAAUGUUCAUAUGGAAGCUAAAAGUUGUUGUUGCCUCAUUUUAAUAAAGCUAAAACUCUUUA